UCAACGACGAGCGCUGUUCGCGAGCGGAAUUCCAGCUGCCGCAGAAAUAGAACAAAACAAAAACAAAACUCAAAAAAAAAAAAUAAUAAUUUACACAAAUUAGAGCUAUGUAAAAGUCCGAAAACGAACCGAAAAUUGGUCAAGUGUCGCCGGCGGUGGGGCAAUAAAGUGAAAUAAAAUAUUCAGGGCAUCACAGAUGCCGCGAUGACGGAGCCAAUUAGUGCGGCGGUGCAGCGGCGACGUCAACUGCUGAGCAGCGUUGAAAGUUUGCGCGGUCGUGUUCGUCAAGUGCUGAAAUGUGUUAUUAAUCUGCAUAUUGAGUUUUUGGUGCUCGAAUCCGAUGUAGCGGCUCUGCUGGAUGAGGUGCGGGAGUUCAACGAUGACCACGAAGAGAUGUUGCGUCUGGACAGAAUGAUCGAGGCUCUGAGAGACUACAGUGGACCCACGAUAUGCCACGAGUGGCCCUAUCCCCUCAUCUUCAAAGGCACUAUCGACGAGGCCCACGUCGCACAAAUACUCAAUGCCAGUGAACGGGAGCUGGAGGAGGAGUUGGUGAAGGUGUCUGGCGGGAGGGGCUGCAUCCAGCUGGAAUCCGACAUGGUCACAGCUCAAAGGAGGCCGAGAAUGCUGUGGUUCUCCAGGCGGAGCAGCAGGAAGCGGGCUGAACGUUCAAAGGAACUCCAUCCAGCUGUUUAAAUGACACUCUGCGAGAACAACUAGUCCGAAUUAAAUUUGAACAAAACAAUAUAUGAAGUUGAUUUUGUAACUGUAAUCUGCCAUUAAACAAAACAUUUUCAACUUUUGUAAAACCAAAAUAAAUAACUUUUUUUAUUUAUUUAGGUUAUCUUUUUCAAAAUUAAACUUGGUAAAUAAAAUUGAAUACAUUAAUUAAACUCA